AUGUUUCCUGGUUGUAUUCGAUCGGCCUGUAAAACAAAUAUCUUAUCCAAAAAAACUUUAGGUGUCUUUUUAAAAAAUACUUAUGCCAGUGAAGCAACUUUUGAAACAAAACCAUGUAGGUUACACAAACUUGAUCAAUCCCCUUCUACAACAGUCACCUUGACAAAAGAGGAUGCCAUCAAGCUGUACACCCAAUUACAUACCAUUAGGCGUAUGGAAACCUCAGCUGGGAACCUUUACAAGGACAAAACCAUAAGAGGAUUCUGUCAUCUUUACUCUGGUCAGGAGGCCGUUGCGGUGGGGAUUAAAGCCGCCCUGCGCCCCCACGACGGCGUCAUCACCGCCUACAGGGCGCACGGCUGGUCGUACCUGAUGGGCGUGAGUCCGGUGGGCGUAUUGGCGGAGCUAUGCGGCAGGCAGCAGGGCUGCGCCAGGGGCAAGGGCGGGUCUAUGCACAUGUAUUCAGAGAACUUUUACGGAGGGAACGGGAUCGUCGGAGCUCAGGUACCUUUGGGCGUGGGCAUAGCCCUGGCAGCCAAAUACAAGGGCACUGACGGCGUGUGCGUAGCUUUAUACGGCGACGGCGCCGCCAAUCAGGGCCAAGUGUUCGAGGUGUACAACAUGGCCAAGUUGUGGAACAUCCCGUGUAUCUUCGUGUGCGAGAACAACGGUUACGGCAUGGGCACCAGUUCGGCUAGGGCGGCAGCCGACACGAACUUUUACUCGCGGGGCGACUACGUGCCCGGCCUGUGGGUGGACGGCAUGGACGUUUUGGCGGUACGCGAGUGCUUCCGGUACGCGGUGGAGUACUGCGGGCAGGGCAAGGGGCCGCUGGUCAUCGAGGCUGCCACUUACAGGUAUUCUGGCCAUUCAAUGUCUGAUCCUGGCACAAGUUACAGGACCAGAGAUGAAAUUCAAGAAGUCCGACAAACCAGAGAUCCCAUCACUUCAUUCAAAGAAAAAAUAAUUUCCUCCAACCUCGUCACUGCCGAAGAAAUCAAGAAAAUUGAUGGAGAAAUAAGAGCCAUCGUCGAUGACGCUACCAAAAAGUCUCUGGCUGACCAAGAAAUCGGUCUGGAUGAGUUGCCAGCCGACAUUUACUGCAAUAAUUUGGAGGGAAAAAUCAGAAACAUCGACCCGUUUACACACCUGGCGCACAAAAGAGUCGGGCCUGCCGUCAAUGCGCAGUAA